AUAACCCUUCUCUUCGUUCUCUCUUUUCUCUCUCUGCGUUGCAUUCAACAAUGGAGAAGCAAGAAGAGCCUAGAGGAGAACUCAUGUCGGCGAGAGCAGAAGAAAGAAAAAUACCUGUGUUUACAGUGCUGAAGAACAACGCCAUCCUCAAGAACAUUUUCCUACUCGACAACCCUGCCUUUUCGGAAGAAUCCGAGAAGGAUUUGGAAGAAAUCUUGGUGGUCGGAAGGCAUCCAGAAUGUAACAUCACUUUGGAGCAUCCAAGCAUCAGCAGAUUCCACCUCCGCAUCCACUCCAAGCCUUCCUCCCAGUCCCUCUCUGUCAUUGAUCUUUCCUCUGUGCAUGGGACUUGGAUUGCUGGGAAAAGGAUUGAACCAGGGGUUCGGGUUACGUUGCAAGAAGGUGAUACAAUGCAGCUAGGGGGAUCGAGUAGGGUGUACAGGCUACAUUGGAUGCCUUUCAGCCGUGCUUAUGAUUUGGAGACUCCAGUCUUGCUUCCAAUUUUGGAGUCAGAGCCUGUUAAAGAAGGGGAAGGAGAAACAAAUCAGGAUGAGGAUGGGUUCUCACAUGAUGAUUCACUGACAAAGAGAGAUGAAUUGGAGGGCCUAGAUUCACUGCAUUCUGAUACAGAUGUGUCUACUAUGAAAUCAUUGACUCCAUCAGCACCUCCCUUGCCUGAGGAUAUAAAUUCUGCAGUUGCUUAUGAAGAGAGAGUGGAGUGCAAGACCACCAAUACGGGAAUUCAUGUAGAAGAUAAAAGUAAUAUUGGACAACCUGACUACCAGCUUGAUAAAGAGGACAAUAUGGCACAACCCUCUUAUGCUCAAACGCAUUCUCUUGCAGAGUUCCAAACAGAAAAUGCAGGGAGUGCAUCACUAGGAUCACAGCAAAGACCUGCUUUGAACAUUUGGUCAAGAAGGGGAAAAGCCUCUAGUGUUCUGAUCCAGACUGGCAGAGAUGCAAAGAAGAGCUCAAGGGUCAGUUUUGGUUCUGAAAUAAAUUCGGAGAAUAAUGCAGAUACUUAUAUUCAAUCAUUCUCAACGGAUCUUUUUCAGAGUGGAGAUAUGGGUGAAAAAGUCUCCACUCCAGACAAAGAGAAUUCCCCUCCUAGUUCUCUACCACUCGGGUCCUUGAAGACAACAGAUGAGUUGAAUUUGAAAAGUGGAUCAACAAUGAAAUCUUCUCUUCUGAAUGUGGAUGAAGUUGGUGAAAUAGUCACUCCAGACAAAGAGAAUGUGACUAUGAAGGUUAUCCAGAAUAAUGGCAGAGAUGCAAAUAAUAGUUCAAGUGUCAGUUUUGGUUCUGAAAUAAAAUCAGAGAAUAAUGCAAAUACUGAUAUUCAACCAUUCUCGAAGGAUCUUUUUCAGAUUGGAGAUAUGGGUGAAAAGGUGUCCACUUCAGACAAAGUGCACUCCUCUCCUAGUUCUCUACUACUUGAGUCCUUGAAGACAAAAGAUGAGUUAGAUUUGAAAAGUGGAUCAACAAUGAAAUCUUCACCUCUGAAUGUGGAUGAAGUUGAUGAAAUAGUAGCUCCAGACAAAGAGAAUGUGACUAUGAAGGUUAUCCAGACUGGCAGAGAUGCAAAUAAGAGUUCAAGGGCCAGUUUUGGUUCUGAAAUAAAAUCCGAGAAUAAUGCAGAUACUGAUAUUCAAUCAUUCUCAAAGGAUCUUUUUCAAAGUGGAGAUAUGGGCGAAAAAAAUUUCACUCCAGACAGAGAGAACUCCCCUCCUAGUUCUCUACCACUUGGGUCAAGUUUUGGUUCUGAAAUAAAAUCAGAGAGUAAUGCAGAUACUGAUAUUCAAUCAUUCUCAAAGGAUCUUUUUCAAAGUGGAGAUAUGGGUGAAAAAAUGUUCACUCCAGACAGAGAGAACUCCCCUCCUAGUUCUCUACUACUUGGGUCCAGUUUUGGUUCUGAAAUAAAAUCAGAGAAUAAUGCAGAUACUGAUAUUCAGUCAUUCUCAAAGGAUCUUUUUCAUAGUGGAGAUAUGGGUGAAAAAAUAUCCACUCCAGACAAAGAGAACUCCCCUCCUAGUUCUCUACCACUUGGGUCCUUGAAGAUAACAUAUGAGUUUGAUUUGAAAAGUGGAUCAACAAUGAAAACUUCACUUCUGAAUGAGGAUGAAGUUGAUGAAAUAGUCACUCCAAACAAAGAGCAUAUAACUAUGAGUAUUUUCUGUCAGAGUGGCGGUGCAGAUGAGGAAACAUUCACACCAGAUAAACAAAUGUUAACUCCAAACAAGGAGAUGACAGAUGAGUUAUAUUUGAAAAGUGGAUCAACAAUGAAAACUUCACUUCUGAAUGUGGAUGAAGUUGAUGAAAUAGUCACUCCAGACAAAGAGAAUAUAACUAUGAAUAUUCUCUGUCUGAGUGGUGGUGCAGAUGAGGAAACAUUCACACCAGAUAAACAAAUGUUAACUACAAACAAGGAGAACCAAACUCCUACUUCUGUCUCACUCAGGUCCUUGUUUGAUAUCGGAAGUGCUAUGAUAUCUUCUGUGGGUGAAGAUGCUAAAAUAGUCAUUCCAGAUAAAAAGAACACAACUCUGGUUAUUCCUCCUCUGAGCGGAGAUGUGGAUGAAGAAGAAAUCUCCCCUCCACACCAAGGGAAUCUCACUCCUACUUCUUUCCCACUUGGGUCCUUGAAGAAUACAGGUGAGUUUGAUUUGAGAAAUGGAUUGACUAUGAAAUCUACAUUGGUUGAUGAAACAGUCAUUCCAGGUAAAGAGAAUUGCAUUUCAAGUUCUGUGCUUCUCAGGUCCUUGAAGAAAACAGGUGAAGUUGACUUAAAAAGUCAAUCAACUAUGAAAUCUUCAAUUCCAAAUAUGGAUGAGGUUGAUGAUGAAAAUGUAACUCCAAAUAAAGAGAAUAUGGCUCUGAAAACUCAUCUCCUGAGGUCAAUAAAACAGAAGGGGAAACUUGAAAACAUACUGAAGAAGGUGCUUAAUCCAUCUCCUUUGAAGAAUGCUGCUGAUCCCAGGAUCCAUAAUGAUGAAGGCAUGCCUUUCUCCUUGGAGAAUGACAAUUGUACUGAGAAAGUGGGUGAGUGUGAUGACGAAAUUUUCACUCCAGAUAAAGAGAAUAUGACCCCUAAUACUCAUUUUCUGUGGUCAAUGGACAAGAUUGGAAAGCCUGGAGAAACUAAGAAACACACAUGGAAAGCGAAUGAGGAUGAUUCUCUGUUGUCAAUGAACACGGUAGGAAAACUUGAAGAAACUUUUAGCAGAACUGUUUUUAAUCCGCAUCAAUAUGAAGGCAUGUCAGUCGAAAAAGAGAAUCACUAUGAAGUGCUUCAAGAGCCAAUAUCAAUCUGUGCUGUUUCCAAAAAUCAAGAAGAGAAAGGACUAAAUGUAUCCCUUCAAUCUGUCUCUCUUACACAGAAGGGCAAAAUAGAUAGACUACCCCUUCAAUCUGUCUCUCUUAACUCCAAGAGCAGCAAGACUGAGUCAAACUAUUCAACACAAGAUGUCUCUACAAAAAGUAUCCAUCGCAUCAAGUAUCUAGGAGUGGAAGAGGUCUAUCCCGUUUCUGAGCACAUAGUCCGGGAGGAAAAUAAGAGAUGGUGUAUGGUGGUGGAUACUACUACUCUGCUGAACAAAGAAUCAAGGAAGGCUCUGCAGCUUUUGCAAGGUCUCAAAAGGACUUGUUUGAUCAUACCCCGUAUUGUCAUUAGGGAACUAGAUUGCAUGAAAAGGCGUUCUGGUUUCUUUAGAAGAAGUACAGAGGUGACUUCAGCGUUAGAGUGGGUUGAAGAUUGUAUGAUAAAUACGAAGUGGUGGAUUCAUGUGCAGAGUUCAGAGGAAGAAGCAAUCGCCAUUCCACCAACCCCUCCUGCUACUCCAGCAUCUUUAAUCAGUUAUGAUACUUUAUUGAACAUAGUUUCUCCGACAGCAGAAGACCACAUUCUUGAAUAUGCUCUUUCCUUCAGAAAAAUCAACAAUGGUCAACUUGUCCUUCUUAGUGAUGAUGUCACUCUGAAGAUCAAGUCCAUGGCAGAGGGUUUACUAUGUGAGACUGCAUCAGAUUUCCGGGAGAGCCUUGUGAAUCCGUUUUCUGAGAGGUUCCUUUGGGCUGACAGCUCUCCCAGAGGCACAACCUGGUCAUCUGCAGAUGAUGUUCUGAAGGAGACAUAUAAUCGCCACCGUCCAAAGAAACCUUCAAAACUUGGAGAAUCUGUGUGUGGCUUGAAGCUCAUAUUGCUCCAUAACUCUCACUACAGACAGUUCAUUCAUUGAACAAAAACUAUUCUUCUCUUGAACAUAAAAUAGUGCUUCUGGUUGUAUUAGCUAUGAUGCUGCUCCAGUGCUCCAUAAUAUUCUCAUUAUGGGCAGAUCAAACCCAGUCAAUUGCCCAAAACUUGGUUUCUGUUCUUAUAGGGGGUGGUGUUAGGAUCAAUGCGAGCCUAUAAUAUAAUAUUAAAAUC